UGGGCUAUCUGCUAAGCCCACAAUGAAAAAUUAUACUUAAAAUGAAACUAUCAACCUCUCAAGUCAAACAAUUAGCACCAUUGACAUGGAGCCACCACAAACGUCCACCCCAGAGCCACUGCAAGAAACCCUAAUCCCCGCUUUCCCAAACGAUGUCGCAUUGAACAUCCUAGCUCGAGUCCCCCGCUGUGUCCACCCGAUUCUCGCCUCCGUCUCCAAGCCCAUACGUUCCCUCAUAUCUUGCCCUUUCCUCUACGCCACACGCGCCCUCCUAAACUCCUCCCAGCCCUCCCUCUACCUCACCCUCCGCGUCCCGUCCACGCGCUCCCUCCUCUUCUACACCCUCCACCAUUCUCCCAACCGACACCGACCCCUCCUCGUCCCCAUCCCCCCACUCCCCUCACCACCUCUGGUCGGAUCCGCCGUUGCGGUAGUCGGCCACAUUUUAUACCUUAUUGGGGGAUCCGUCGAUGACGUGCCCUCUUGCCACGUGUGGGCCUUCGACUGCCGUCUCCACACAUGGGAAAGAGCCCCCAGUAUGCGAGUGGCGCGCGAGUUCCCGGCGGCUGGAGUGGUGGACGGUAAAGUGUAUGUAAUCGGCGGAUGUUUGGUGGACACAUGGGCAAAAAAUAAAAACUGGGCAGAAGUUUUCGAUCCGGAAACAGACACGUGGCAGCCUGUGGUUCACACUGAGUGUGAAGUACGUGAAAAAUGGAUGCACGCAAGCGUUGUGAUAGGGGGCAAAAUUUAUGCAAUGGCCGAUAGAGGUGGGGUGAAGUUUGAUCCCAAAGAGAUGAGUUGGAACAUUGUGGAGACUGAAUUAGAUAUCGGCUGGAGAGGGAGGGGGUGUGUGAUUGAUGGAGUGUUGUAUUGCUAUGAUUAUUUGGGGAAUAUUCGGGGUUUUGACGGUAACAUGUGGAGGGACGUGAAGGGGUUGGUGGAAGGGGAGGGGGUGGAGAAGAAGGGUUUGUCAUUGCCGAGGUUUUUGUGCGGAGCAACAUUGGCGAAUGUGGGAGGGAAUUUGGUUGUGGUGUGGGAGGGGAAAGGAGCAGGUGAGGUUGAGAUUUGGUGCGCGGAAAUUGAGGUGGAGAAGGGUGAGGGUAGGGAGUUGUGGGGGAAGAUUUUGUGGUCUAAUUUGGUGCUUAAGGUUCCUAAGGGUUCGAUGAUUGUGAAUUGUGCAGCGGUCACAGUGUGAAUAUUUGAGGAAUUCGUUGGUUUGGGUUUAGGGACUUAUUGGGUUGUGCAAGAAAAGUUUGGUAAUGCAGAUGAUUGGGCUUACAGCUUUGUUUCCCUAGUAUUUGGUAAUGCAGAAAUGCAGAUGAUGAGUUUGCAGUUUCUUUGCUCUAAUUUCUGAUAAGAAAUUCUGCUGGAAGUAGCUGCUUGCCAAGUCUUUUACAGUUUUACCUCAAGCAGUGUUCUAUUUUCCUGAGCAAUGUUAUAUGUGCAUAUUUUUGAAGACACAAUUGAGUACACAACUGAUCUAUCAUCAUGUAAUUGAGUAUUAUUUUAUCUUUAAUUAAAAAUUACUAGAUCACACGAUGACAUAUCAUUAUGUACUCAAAAGUAUGUACACAGAGAUUUAUUGUAUUUUCCUAUGCAAAUUAUGAGUGCUCCAAUGGGUGAUGGAUAUGCUUUUCUGGUUU